UCGUCCAGUGGGGGGGCAAUAUGGCCGCCCAACCGGCGUUUUUGGCGGUUCACUCGCGAUUUAUCCCGAUUUCUCCCGGCGUCAUCUACUCAUAUCGAUAAUUAGAGUCAUCACUACGUCGUAAGUCAUGAAUUACUCAUCGAUUGUUAAUUAGUUUAUUGAAAACGCAUUAAAAAAAUUUAUGACGCGUAUCAAAUCGUCAUUGAACGGUCGGAAAUCGACGUUGUUGUCGAUGUAUUUAGACCGAUGUUGUUUAGCUUAACAUGAAAUUCCUAAAAUUAUUUUGGAAAAAAUCGUGCAAAAUGAACUAGGCUUGACCUCACAGGCUCGCAUUUCGCGCUUGCGCAAUCUAUUUACACAUGGUCGCCUUGCCUUCGCGGUGUUUUUACGUCUCGAUGACAUUGUCACAUGUCACCUCGUGUAUUUCGUCCUCGCGAGUGAAAUUUCUACUAAUAACUUAUCAAUUGUGCUAAAAAAUAUCCUUCGAGUAUUCUAGAAUAUCAAAUUGAAUGAUAUUUAUACGAAAGUGAAAAAAUGGUCGGUGGUAUCUCGCAUAAUGGACAGAAGGCAAUUAUUUUGGCCGGUUGUGCUUGUGUUGGGGCGUACGUUGCUUAUCAUUAUUGGAAGAAAAGGGAGUUGAAGACUAUUGAUGAGGGCUUCGAAGACCUCGCAAAGGUCGAUGACACUCAUGAACGACGCGUCCUCCUCCUGGGGCUCGAUGGUGCUGGCAAGACUUCUGUCAUGAACCAGGCAGUUGCUGCUGAGAGUCGUGGCAACUUCUAUCAAAUGCCACCAAAGCCCACUGAUGGAUUUGCAGUUUACAAACUGAGAAAGGGGGAUUACGUUUUCAAUGUGUGGGAGAUUGGUGGAGGUGAUGAUACUAGAAAAUAUUGGAGUAAUUUCCUCCAAGACACAGAUCUACUUGUGUUCCUAGUUGAUGCUGCUAAUUCUGCUAAAUUAGCAGUGGCAGUGCAAAUGCUCAAGCAACUACUUGGAGACCAGAGGAUGGACAGUGUCCCUAUUUUAGUUGUGGCAAACAAACAGGAUGAUCCCCAGGCUAUGAAGCCGAAUCAGAUAAAAGAAGCGCUGGACCUCUACAGUAUUUCGCCCCAUCAGCACCAUGUAGAAGUUAUUGGAUGUCAGACAGGACCUCUUCCAGCUUUGGAGCCAGGAGUUACAGAGUACGAUUGGUAUCAUCCCUCCAUCGAAACGGUCAGAAAGAAAAUAUUUACGUUAUCAACACUAUCUUGAAUUUUAAACUGAGAAAAUAAUCAUCUCCACUUUCCGCUUCCUUCGAGGAAACGAAAAUUUAAUUUUUUAAAUAAUCUGUUAUCUCCCAGAAUUGGAGUUUGAAUGCGAUUCAAGCUCAUGUGCGAAAACCGAAGUAAAAAGAUCAAAACGUUUACGCCCCUUGGGGAGAUUAAUCAGUUUCGUACUAAAUUAAUGAGAUAAUUCCGAUGCAAUGAUACAAAACUAAAAAAAAUUGAUUACUGAAUAUCCACAAAAUUAAGCUUUCUUCAGACAAAUCCUUCUGAAUUAAUGAAUUGCUAUGAAAUCUAUUAGUUAUCAAGUGAAGAUGAAACCUAACCAGAUCUCAAUCUUCAUGAAAAAUUAUUAUAGUCACUAUGAAUAGAAGAUAGCUUCAUACGGAGCUAAAUAAAUCAAUUUAUUAAUUCAAGUUUAACUUACGAAGUUACCCCAGUGAAGCUUCUUCAGCGUGAAUUAAUUCAUAACAGAUUUAUUACUCGUAAAUUGAAAGAACAUCUAAUCCCAAGGAAAAGUCGCUAAAACCACUACCACCAUUCACAGCAUUGGUAAAAUGAACAUUCUCAAUUUUUUAAUGGUGGGAACUAGUACUUCUUCCGCUCGCGUACAAAAAAAUACCGAAAAGUCGGAGAAAUUAUAAAAAUAAAAAAUAUACUUUUUUCGCCAGAAUUAUAUAAAGGGAUAUUUUCCAGCUCAUACGUGAUAAAACGUUUGCGCUAAAGAAUAAUCAAUCAACUUCGGAAUAAGUUAACGAAAUUAUUUCCAUCACGUACUCCAGAACUGAUGAGGUUAAAUGAAUUACAACAUAACAUAAUUUGUGGUUUUGAAAACUUCAUACGUAACAAACAAAUUAUGGAAAUGAUCUGAACUUUAUUUUACAAUCCAUUAGAUCAUUAAAAUAAUUUUAAGAGUUCUUUAUUAUAAUUCAAAAGAUGGUAUUGAACGGGUAUUCAAUCAUCCAACCAAAAGAUACUUCCAAGAGUCAUUGAAAAAUUAUAUUCUUUCAAGAAAACGAGGGAAAUUAACUGAUACUUAUUUACACUUGCGUUUUUGUAAUAAAGUAAAUCAAGUUUGUGAUAGAAGGGCGGUAUUUAUUCAUUAUCAUCGCCAUUCAUAUCUCUUCAAUUGAUUUUUUU